UCAUGUGUUUUUAGCUACAGUUUUGAAAUCUCAUCUUUUGCAGGGCUUAUUCCCACUGAAUUUGGCCAACUUUACCAUUUGGAGACAUUAUACCUACAAUUGAACAGCUUGAGUGGUUCGAUUCCACAUGAGCUCUUUAACAUUUCAACUCUUCGGAUUCUUGCAAUUAACAACAAUGCCCUGUCAGGGGUUCUUCCAACCCAUUUAUGCCAUGCCUCUCCCUUUCUCGAAGAACUUUAUCUUGCCAUAAAUUCUAUCACCGGAGCAAUACCCAACUCCAUCUCUAACUGUUCUCAACUCACAAUUCUCUCACUUGCUAUAAACAAAUUCAGUGGUUAUAUACCUACUCAUCUCGGCAACCUAAGGCAUCUCCAAAGACUUGAACUGUCCACCAACAAUCUUACCCAGGCACCAUCUUCUUCCUUCAUUACUUCAUUGACAAAUUGCAGGUCUCUAACUGAAUUGUCAAUUGAUGUUAAUCCUCUAAGCGGCGUCAUUCCAGCUUCUGUCGGGAACUUAUCUUCCUCACUCGAAAGAUUCACUGCCACCAACUGCAAAUUCAGUGGCAGCAUUCCUGUUGAAAUAGGCAAUUUAAGCAAUUUGAUGAUAUUGGAGUUGUCAGCAAAUGAGUUAUCUGGUAAUAUUCCACCAACUAUAAGCCAUUUGCAUCAACUUCAAGGAUUAGAUCUAUCUCACAACAUGUUGGGAGGCUCAAUACCACAUGCUAUAUGUGAUCUAUUCCGCCUCGACACUUUAGUUAUGAGCCACAAUCAAUUUUCAGGCCCAAUUCCUAAAUGUCUGGAAAAUGUCUCUUCUAUAAGAAUUCUUCAUCUAGGCUCCAACAUGUUGAAUUCAAGCAUACCUUCAAGCUUAUGGGGCCUAAAAGAUUUGAACUCUCUAGACUUGUCCUCAAAUUCAUUAAAUGGGUUCUUACCACAAGAGAUAAGUAACUUAGGAGCAGCAAUACAUAUAAACCUAUCGAUGAAUCAGUUGUCAAAGUCUAUUCCUAGCACUAUUGGGAAGUUGCAGAAUUUGAUUAAUCUGUCUUUGGCAAAUAAUAGACUAGAAGGUUCUAUUCCUGUGUCAAUGGGAAGCAUGAUCAAUUUGGCAAAUCUCGAUUUGUCAUACAACAACCUCUCUGGUUCAAUUCCAAAGUCUUUAGAAGAACUUCAACACCUCGACUCCUUUAAUGUCUCUUUCAAUAGUCUAAGUGGAGAAAUUCCUAAUGAAGGUUCUUUUAGAAACUUCACUACGUAUUGUUUUAAGGGUAAUGAGGCACUGUGUGGAAUCCCCAAGUUCCAUGUCCAAAUUUGCUCUUCAAUUACUAAUCACAGAUCAAAGAGAAAGAAGGUGGAACGAGCUUCAUUUAUUGUUUUCGGGGUUGUGGCUUUCAUCUCAGUUGUUUCUUUGGCCUUUAUAAUUGUCAAAAACAAAAGGAAAGAUAAGACGACUAGCAGAGAAGGUGAUGAGUUGAUAUUCAUUGUGCCGGAAAGAAUCUCUUAUUAUGAACUGCUGCAAGCAACGGAAAGAUUCGAUGAAAGCAAUUUACUUGGCACUGGGAGUUCUUGCUCUGUUUAUAAAGGAAUUCUUAACAAUGGGAAGGAUAUCGUUGUCAAGGUGUUUAAUAUGCAGCUAGAAGGUAUUUCAAGAAUAUUUGAUGUCGAAUGUGAGAUACUACGUAGCAUUCGACACAGGAAUCUGACAAACGUCAUAAGCAGUUGCUCCAAUGAAGAGUUCAAGGCAUUAGUACUUGAAUAUAUGCCAAAGGGAAACCUUGAAAAAUGGUUAUAUUCCCACAACUAUUGCUUGAAUAUGAUGGAAAGAUUGAAUAUAAUGAUUGACGUUGCAUCUGCUUUGGAGUAUCUUCACCACGGUUAUUCAAUGCCCAUUAUCCACAGCGACUUGAAGCCUAGUAAUGUGCUGUUAGAUGAAGACAUGGUUGCCCAUGUAAGCGACUUUGGGAUAGCAAAGUUGUUAUGCGGUGGACAUAGCUUUGUGUUAACCAACACGCUAGCAACAUUGGGUUACAUCGCUCCAGAGUAUGGCUUGGAAGGGCUAGUUUCAACAAGGUGUGAUGUGUAUAGCUACGGGGUGAUGUUGAUUGAAACUUUUACGAGAAAAAGGCCUAGUGAUGAUAUGUUUUGCGGAGAUAUGAGCUUAAAGAGAUGGGUAGAAAUCUCACUUUCAGAUGAAGUGAUAGAUGCCAACUUAGUCAUGAAUUUGGAGGAAGAAAUGAUUGACAAGAAUAUGAAGUGUGUAUCAUCCAUACUCGAAUUGGCUUUGAAAUGCUCUGCCGACUCUCCCGGGGAUAGAAUCAACAUGAAACAAGCACAUGCAGAGUUGCAGAAAAUCAAACAUCGAUUUACAGAAACAGCGGCGGCCGUUCGCCGGAUCCUACUCGCACUCCCAUUCUCUGCUCAAACUUGACACAAACAAUGGAACCUGCAGGAGAUUUACAGAGACGACAAUGGCGGUGCACGUGUGAAGUGUGGGUGAGAAAUGAAGAAGAUGAAAUUGAAAUUGAUAGAAUGUAAGAGAAUAACUGUCAGAUUACAGACAGCGGCGGUAACUUACUAGGGCUCAGCUUAGUACUCACGAUGGGGAAAUUGGGAAGGAAUGCCGCCGGCACUGAGUCGGACGACGGCGACUCACCGGAGAGGAGAGGCGGAUCGAGAGAGAGAAAUGGCGGCUGAGCGUGAUUUAGGGAGAGAUUAGAGAGAGACCGAUUUUGAGGGAGUAUUGAGCGUUGGGCUUUGAUUAUUCAUUCAUUGGGCCUCUAAAUUGGACUUUUGGUUUAACUAUGCCAAUUGGACUACCUUUUAUUUUAAUGUAUCGAACUCGAAAACUCUAAUGUGAAAUUUAAUAGGAUCCUACUCACACAAUUACACGCA